UAUGUUUAUAAAUGUCAAAAAUUGUUGUGUGAAAUAAUUCAUCAAAUGUUUUUUGUUAUGAAUAUUUUCAAAACUAUUUGUAACAAUGUCACUACACUCGCCAACCAUUUAUUAUUUUAAUGCGAUUUGUAUAGGAUUGUAGGCUAUGGUUUAAUGGAUUAUAUAAUUUCAUUUUUGAUAUUGAUAUUAUUUUAUGACUAAUUAUUUAGUACAUUUUACCGGUUUUCUUAAAUUAAUCAGUUAUUUAGUUACAUAUAGGGUUAUUAUUGUUAACUAUUAAUAUCUUCAUGUCUAUCGAUAUAACAUUACUAUAAAUAUUGCAAGUGUAUAUAAAUUGAAGAGUGAUAACAAUCAUUUAAAAAAAAUGGAUAGAGGUGGUAGAGGAAUGAGAAGAACUAGAGGUGGUCGCCCAUUCAUUAGAGGUUUUUAUCGUGGUAGAAGAGGAAUUAGACGUCCAAUGAGAAGCAGAUCUAGAAGAUCUAGUUCUAGAGAUAAGUAUGAAUCUUCUUCAUACAAUGACAAUGAUCGAAGUGAUUCACAUGAAGAAAGAUCAUGGGAAUCUCCUUUGGGCACCGAAAAAGAUACUAUAAAAAAAAAACAUGAUGGAGAAGAUGGUUCACCGAUACCUAGAAAUAAAUGGGAAAAGGAUGAUGAUACAAGUGAAAAAAAUGAAGAGAGAUAUAAAGAUAAAAAAGAUUAUUAUGAUUCAAAAUAUAGAAAUCCAACUGGUCAUUUAUAUAGAGGUCAUAGGCGACCAUACCAAAACAACUAUUGGGAUAGAAGUGAUCGUGGAAGACAUCAUUCACCACAAAGUCAGUAUCGUGUAAGACCAUAUCAUUCUCCUCCUAGACAUAGACGUUAUUCCCGUUCGCCUGAAAGACGUCGAUCACCAAGUAGAUAUCGUUCUCGUUCUCGUUCACGAACAUCUACUAGAUCAAGACGCUAUACUUCACCAAAACAAAAAUCACCCAAGAAAAGAUCUCCAUCACGGCAUCCUAGGUCUCCUAAUGAAUGCAAUCAAACCAUUGACAAAAAACAGACUGUUAAGAGUAAUUCUGAAGAUGAAAAUAAUUCUGAUGAUUUUGUAGAAAAAUUAAAAGCCUCUAAAGGUUCUAAGACACCUGGUCGGGUUGAUUAUGCUGAAAAAAGUGAUGAUGAUUAUUGGAUUGAAGCUGAUAAAAAUGAUAAAAAGGAUAUAAAGAAGUCAAAACGAUCCGAUUAUUCUUCUAAAGGUAUUAAAACUCCAGGUAGACCAGAAUAUUCAAACAAAGAUAAAGAUGAAUAUUGGGAAAAAUCUCCAACUUCUAAGACUUCAACCAAAAAUGUGUACUCAAAUAAUUGGGAUGAUUCUCCAAUCCGAGAAAAAUCUAUUCCUAAGAUACCAAAAACACCAGGCAGAAAAGAUUAUUUAACCUUUGAUAAUGAUGAAUAUUGGAUAAAUUCUCCAUUAAUUGAGCCUAAAAAAGAUAGAUUAUCUAAUGAUCUAUAUUCUAAGAAAACUAAUAAAGAGAUAUUGUAUGUUCAAGAAGUAAUUUCAUCUGAUUCUGAACCUGAAAAGAAAACUAAGAGAACUAGGUCAAUGUCUCUAACUAAUUCUGAUAAAAGUGAUACUCCACCAUUAAACCCAGAACAGUCUAAUAAAUUAGGAACCCGAUAUUCUCAGACUUCUUCAUCUUCUAGAGGAUCUAAUUCUAUUUUAAAAGAACCUCCUCCGCCUUCCAUUCAUGCUACACCCAGUAGUUUACCAGUUUAUAAUUCACAAUGGUCAGGAAUGCAAAAUUCUACAUAUCCUUCAACAUCAAAUUAUAUUCAACCUCAAACAUCUCAAUUUACAGCAUACCAACAACGACAACAAGUUCCAGUUCAAAGUUCUCAAUGGUAUCCACCAGGGUACCAACAAUAUGGAACACCAUUUCAACAAUUUCAACAAUAUGAUCAAAAAUCUGUUGGUUUUAAUCCAGCACAUUCUAAUCUUGAACCAGUAGAAGGUUAUCAAUCUACCAAUCAAGGGUUAUAUAAUAUAGAUUUGAAACAAGUUGUAGAUAUUACAAAACCCCCUCCAAAUAUUACUCAAAUUACCCCAGUACCAGAUACACAGCCUAAAAGUUCUCAGGAUAGUAUUCUUGAUAUGCAACGUGAAACAUAUACAACUAAGCUUUUUAGUUUAAAAAAAGAACUUGAAACAUUACAAAUACAAUAUGAUAAAUUUAAAUUAGAUAAUUCUGAUGGUUGUCAUAAUAAUGAAUUGAAAAAGAAUCGAAAAGCCCAGGAUGAUGUUAAUGGAAAAAUUAAAGGUGUAAAUAAUAUUCUUGAAGUACUAAACACUAUGAUACCAAAAGAUUCUUUAAAAGAAGUUAAAAAAGUGGAACCAAAAAAAUUAAUAACAGAAUCUGAGUCUAUAAAAACUACAAAAGAAACGUUGCAACAAGAUGUAGUUUCUGUUAUAAAUAAACGUCAUAAAAGUACUUCAUCUUCAUCUUCAGAAGAGUUAAAAAAAAAAAACAAACCUUUAAAAUCAAAAAAAUUCUCUAAAGUGCAAUCUACAGAUGAAGAAAAAACUGAUUCUAAAAAAUCAUAUAACAUUAAAGAGUUAAAUGAUACUAACAAAAAAAAAAAUCGCAUUGAUAAAUUACCUAAAUUUAACUAUGUAUAUUGCGAUUCCUGCAUUCAUUGGUGUCAACCUUGUAAUAUUUUUCCUAAAACAGCAAAAGAAUAUUUAACUCAUUUGCAUAGUGAAUCACAUAAAACAACACUUGAGGAAUUAAAUGUUGUUGAAUUACCCUGGCAUGAUUCUCAAACAGAACCGAUACAACCUGAAAAAAAUCCUGAACUACCAACCAAACGUGUACCCAUCAAAGGUUUGGAGUUUUUUAUUGGAACUAGUGCUUGGUAUUGCAAGCUUUGUGAUACUUGGAUUGGAGAUCUUCAUUGUGCAUCAGCACAUUUUAAAUCUAAACGCCAUAAUGAUUUAUAUGCAGAACUAAUUACAAAGAAACCUAAUUGGGAAAUUGAAUGGCUUACAAAAAGAACUCGUGCUUUUGAGAAAUCUCUAUCACAGACCUGUGCAACUAAACAUGAAACAAUAAAAGAAGAACAUCCACAAUUAAAUACUACUGAAUCUAAAGUUGGAAAAUCUUUUUUUGAGAAAGAUGUAAAAAAAGAUAGAGAAAAAGAAAAAUAUCGGGAUCGUGAUAAGUUCAAAAAAGAAUUUGAGAGAAGCCGAAAAAACACUGAUUUAAAGAAUCAAUUAAGUCCUGAUAAAGAAAGUAAUGAUACAAAUAAUGUAUCACUAUCAGAUUGGAUGAAACCAGUUGAUUUACCAGUAGAAAAAAGUAUGAUAACUUUAAAGGAAACUGUACAAAAAUCUAAGGACAAAUUGCAUAAAAAUAAAACUGAUGAAAUCGAUGAAUAUAAAUCUUCAUCAGAUGUUCGUCAUAUGAAAAAACAAAGACUUGAAGAACCAAAACCAAUUAUACUGUAUGAUAAAAAAGAUGAAAGCCUUGCUUUAUCUAAUCGUAACAAAAUUAAACUACCUUUUAUUGGAAAAAUGCCAUUUGCUAAACCUAUAUUAAAGAAAACAAAUUCAUGUGCAAAAGAUAUACCCAAUUUUACUAUAGAAUGUACAACUGAUGUUCCUAAAGAUAAUUGUAUGGAUACUGUGGCUAUUCAAAAAAUGUUAACAGAAAAAAUAAUUAAUACAGGAAAUGAAAAAAAGAUUGAAAAGCAAAUACUGCCAGUUGAUAUGGAUAUUGAUGAUGAAAAUGAAAAUAAUGAUGGUAUUUUUAGUUCUGAAACAAAUUCUGUUGUAUCACAAUUAAACACAAUUCAAUCAGGAAAUCAAAUGCAACAAAUGUAUAAUCAACCACACACUACUAAUACUUUACCUCAAGAUUUAAACACUGCAUUAAACAUGAUUUUUCCCUGCAGUGAUACUUCUGCUGUACCUUUGAUAAACUCAUCAAUUAAUCCUGAAGUACAUAAUACAUUGAUUCACCAUCCAUUCAAUAUGACUUAUGAUCUUGUAAAUAAUGUAAAUAUUUUACCUGAGAGAAAAAAAAAGAAAAAUGCUCCAUCACAAAGAAAACGUAGACAUUUGAAAAAAAUGAUGGGUAAAGAAGAAUCUAAUAAAGAUGAUGAUGAUGAUGAUGAUGAUGAUGACGACGAUGAUAAUAAUAAAUUGGAAAUCCCAAAUAUUCAGGGAACAAAAGAAGAAUAUAUAAGGAAAACAAAUAGCAAUGAAUCUGAGGGAGAUGAGCUUGCUAUGCUUGGUAUUGAUGCUGAAGACAUGGCUGCCCAAUAUUAUUAAUUUACAUUAAGCUUGUAAUAUAAUUUUAUCAAAUAACAUGAAUUUUAUUUUUAGUAUUUUAUGUUCUUUCAUGUACAUAUAAUACUUUUUUUAAAAUUAUUUUCCUUAACUAAAUACUUUGAAUUUCCUAUGUAUUUCAUGAAUAUUUUGUUAAAUCAAAUGUACAGAUGAACUUCAGAUAUUAAGUAUAAUAUUUAGGUUUGUACAAAUAUUUAAUGAUUACUGUUAAUAAAAUCUAAAAUCUAAGCAAACUCUAACCCCAAACAUAAAUGAAAUCUAGCUAACUGAUAAAUACAAUUCAUGAUGUAAAUUUUAGAUACAUUUUAUUGUUUAUCUUUUUAGUUGGAUAUUAUGAUCAUAAAUGUAAAGAUCAAGUUUUCUCACAAAGUAUCUACCUAUCAAUUAUCCUACUUAAACAAAGGAUUUGGUGUCAUUAUUGAAUCAAAUUAAAUUUAUUUGUUGGAAGGGAGAAGCUAUUAGUGAUUUGAAUUUUUUUUCUCAUUUAUUUUAUUUGGUUAAGAAAGAACCAUUCUUCUAGAGCAAUUGACAGUUCCAGGGUGGAUAUCGAACAUUUUUUAACUUUCUCCAAAGAUUUUAAUAGAUAUCAUGUAUACCUUGGUAAUUGGAUCAAUAAAGUUAUUAUUGACAGUUA